AGCUGCCGUCAUAAGGAAGGUCGAGAGCUCGCAGUGAAAACAAACACCUGCAAAACGCCAACCAACAUCCCCUCAGAGCGCUGCCAUUACUUGCCUCCUCUCUCACGUUACUGGGUGUAAGGGCAAGGAAUAAUCCCAUCGCUUGAAAACCCUCUUCUCAUUUCUCUCUGGAAGCUUCCGCUGCUUGCAGAGGUAGGGAGUCUAAGCGAGCGACUUCUACUAUCGGAAACGCCAUGGAGUCGCUGCGGUCGAAUCUGUCGCGGGUUCGGAUCCCGGAGCCGACCAAUCGCAUUUACAAGGAAGAAUGCUGUAUUUCUUUUGAUACUCCGAAAUCAGAUGGGGGGUUGUUUGUGGAUAUGAAUUCCUUUCUGGCAUUUGGAAAAGAUUAUGUACGUUGGAACUUUGAGAAGACUGGAAACCCUGUUUAUCUGCACAUAACGGAGACACAGAAACUGGCGUCUGAGGAUAGGCCAUCAAAGAAGCCAACGCGUCUAGCCAUAGGCAUCGAAGGAGGAUUUGAUAACAAUGAUCCAGUGUACGAACCAAGCUAUGAAAUAGUUGUUCUACCAGAGUAUGUCACUCUUCCCUUUCCAUCAGUGGAGUUGCCAGAAAAGGUUAGAUUAGCAGUUGAUUCUGUCAUUAUGAAUGUGGGUGCGGAAAAGAAAGAGCAAGUAGCUUCUUGGACCGCAGAAACAAAAAUCCCUAGCAAACAUGCCAUGGAUUUGAAACAGCUGGACAAUGGAGUCACUGUUCCUCCAUCUGGUUGGAAAUGUGAGAAAUGUGAUAAGACUGACAAUCUUUGGUUGAAUUUAACGGAUGGAUCUAUCCUCUGUGGUAGAAGAAAUUGGGAUGGAAGUGGGGGUAACAACCAUGCCGUUGAGCAUUAUAGUGUAUGCAAAUAUCCUUUGGCUGUGAAGCUUGGAACUAUAACGGCUGAUUUAGAGGUUGCAGAUGUUUUCUCUUAUGAAGAGGAUGCAAGCGUUUUUGAUCCACUUCUGGCACAACACCUUCAACAUUUUGGCAUUGACUUUUCAUCCUUGCAAAAAACUGAAAUGACUACUGCUGAAAGAGAGCUUGAUCAUAACACCAAUUUUGACUGGAAUCGUAUUCAAGAGAAUGGAGAGGAUGUUGAGCCACUUUUUGGACCUGGUUACACAGGACUUAAGAAUCUUGGAAACAGUUGUUAUUUGGCUGCAACUAUGCAAGUUGUGUUCUCUACACGUGGUUUCUGUUCAAGGUACUAUUUGACUCAAAGCUUGAAAGGUGCUUUUAGUACGGCUCCUGCUGAUCCAACUGUGGAUUUAAACAUGCAAUUAACAAAGUUAGCUCAUGGAUUGCUUUCCGGAAAAUAUUCCAUCCUAGCAUCCAAGAAAGAUGAUGCUGGAGACGCUACCUUAAUGGAUAAACAAGAAGGAAUUCCUCCUCGAAUGUUCAAGUCUGUAAUUGCUGCUAAACAUCCUGAAUUUUCUACAAUGAGACAACAGGAUGCUCUAGAGUUCUUCCUGCAUUUUAUUGACCAAGUUGAGAGGACUAACAAUGGUAACCCCAACAAUGAUCCCUCGAGGAGUUUCAAGUUUGGCAUUGAAGAGCGAUUACAAUGCCCCUCUGGAAAAGUUGCCUAUAACAAGCGAUGUGACUAUAUUCUUUCCCUAAAUAUUCCGCUCCACAAGGCCACAAACAAAAAAGAAUUAGAACAAUUUCAAAAACUAAAAGCUGAUAAAGAUGCAAAGGGUGAAGAACUGUUGACAGAUGAAAUUGUUCGCCCAAGGGUACAACUUACAGAUUGUUUGGGUAGCUUUUCUGCUCCAGAAGAGUUGCAUGAUUUUUACAGCACAGCUUUGAAUGCCAAGACAACUGCGACCAAAACUGCUGGUCUAACUUCAUUCCCUGAUUAUCUGGUAUUGCACAUGAGAAAAUUUGUGCUGGAGGAGGGCUGGGUUCCGAAGAAAUUAGAUGUCUACAUAGAUGUUCCAGAUACCAUAGACAUUAACUUUAUGCGCAGCAAAGGUCUUCAACCGGGGGAGGAAUUGUUACCUGAUGGUGCUCCCGAGGAAGAAGAUGUAAUGCUUCAACCUAAUGAUGAAAUUGUAAACCAACUUGUGUCUAUGGGAUUUCCAUAUCUUCACUGCCAAAAGGCUGCUAUCAAUACAUCCAAUACCGGUGUGGAAGAAGCAAUGAAUUGGCUACUUAAUCAUAUGAAUGAUCCAGACAUCGACAAUCCUGUAACAAAACCACAGAAGAGUGAUCCGUUUGUUGAUCCCUCAAAAGUUGAGACUUUGAUAUCCUUUGGUUUUGAGGAAGAAGUUGCCCGGAAGGCUCUACAGGCAUCGGGCGGUGAUAUUGAAAAAGCUACCGAAUGGAUAUUUAAUCCUCCUUCUGGCGUGUCGAAUAUGGAUGCCACACCCAGUGGCAGUGACACUUUGGCGGAUGCUGCUCUCCCUGAUGGACAAGGAAAGUAUCGCCUCCUCGGAUUAGUGAGUCACAUUGGGACAUCUACACACUGCGGGCAUUACGUCGCCCACAUUUACAAAGAUGGCAGGUGGGUGAUGUUCAACGACGAAAAAGUCGCAGUCUCUAAAAAUCCUCCAAUCGACAUGGGAUACCUGUACUUCUUUGAGAGAAUUGAUGGUUGAAUAUUUCCGCCAACAUUCUACAAGCAAUUAGCCUUGAGGUCUGCGCAAGUAUGUGAAACUCCCUCCCUCUCGGUCAUAACGAUCUACUGAAGUAUAACUGCGCUCUUUCGGUGCUUUAGUUUUUUUCAUUGAAUUAAAGCCUAUAUAUGCCUGUCAUUGAGAUACAUCGCAUUCUGCAUCUAAAUUUAAGAACUGCCGUAGUUUAGUCAUCUAGAGGUGUUAAUUGAAAAUUGUUUCGAAGGCUUGGCUCGAAUUGGGUUGAUGAAGCUUGAGUUUCUUUUUUUGAUCA